AUGAUGGAGGGAUUUGGGGGAGCCCCCAGGUUCCUGGCCUACCCACGUGCCAUCACGGUGCAAAGUGGCAGUGACGCGGUCCUGAGUUGCCAGAUCACGGGUGACCCCCCGCCUAGCAUCCUCUGGGAGAAGGACAAGACCCCAGUUGAGCCAUCAAGCCGUUUCCACGUGGAGGCCAAGGGGAAUCUGUACAGUCUGCUGGUGUCCUGCACCAUCCCACAGGACAGUGGGAUCUAUGUCUGCAAGGCCAAGAACUGUGUUGGUGAAACCUAUGCUGCUGCUACUCUCAAGGUGGAGUCGGGCAAGUCCCAAGAGCAGAAUGGAUGUUCAGGCACUGAAGCACCUGCCUUCCUUGUUGCCCCCUCGUCCAUGAGAGUGUGCUGUGGGGAAGAUGUGAUGUUCACCUGCAGGGUGUCUGGGCAGCCCUGCCUGGUGCUAGAGUGGGAGAAGGAUGGGCACAGGCUCUCUGACAUCUUUGAGAGCAGCCACUUUGCAGUGGGGCAGGAGCCAGAGGACUGGCACUUCCUGAAGCUGUUUGGUGCUCGGCCCCCAGACAGGGGUGUGUACAUAUGCCGGGCACGCAGCGGCUCCCAGGAAGCCCUGGCUGCUGCUGUGCUCCUGGUUGAACCCCGGGUGCCACUGAGUGGGCUCCCUAAUGGCUCUCCCGGUGAUGGUGCCAAUCCACCGGUGGAGCGACAGCAGCGGUGGCAGCAGCAUGCAGCAGGACAACAUGCAAGACCAGAGACUUGGGUGCCCAACGGCACAGUGCUGGCCAGGGUGCCAAAGGCCAAGGCGUUCGCUGUAAGCAUGGGGAAGCAUGCCAAGUUUCGCUGCUACGUUACUGGCAAGCCCAAGCCAGAGAUCAUCUGGCAGAAGGAUGGUGAGGCCCUCACCCCUGGCCGCAGGCACCUCAUCUACGAGGACCGGGAGGGCUACUUUAUCCUGAAGGUGCUGUACUGCAAACCCCAGGACCAGGGGCUGUAUGUCUGCACUGCAUCCAACACUGCUGGCCAGACCCUCAGCGCAGUGCAGCUCCAGGUGAAAGAGCACCGGCUACGGUUCCAGGUGCAGCUGGCAGACGUGGAGGUGGCAGAGAGAGAGGAUGCUGUGCUGGAGUGCCAGGUACCACUGGAGACUAUCCCCACUGUCUGGUACCUGGAGGACAGGGAGCUGCAGCCCAGCCACAAGUACGUGAUGGAGGAGCGAGGAGUGGUGCGGCGCCUGACCAUCCGCGAUGCCCGAACCGAUGAUGAUGGCAUCUACCUCUGCCAGAUGAAGGACAAAGGGCGCAGCAUCGCUGAGGUCUCCGUCCGAGGGGUGAUUGCAAAGAGGCUGCCACGGAAGCUGGAUGUGAUGGAGGGGGAGAAUGCAGUUUUCUGCGUGGAGACACGAGAGGUGGUUGAGGGGACCUGCUGGAGCCGGGACGGGCUGCAGCUGCGGGAGUCACCCCAGACUGUGCUGAAGAGCUUUGGCAGAAUGCACCUCCUGGUGCUGGUGCACGUCACCCGCCAGGACGCGGGCAUCAUCUCCUUCACCGUCGGGGAGUCACAGACAUCCUCCCAACUCCGUGUGAAAUGUGUGAAGCGUGACCCCCCGGGCACACCAGUGGCAGCUGAGAUGAGUGUGGUGGAGAGCAAUGUGGCCCUGCUGAGUUGGUGCCCUGCGCCUGAUGCCCAUCUCCGCCCCCCCAGACGCUACCUGAUAGAGCGGCGGGAGGUGGCGGAGGGUGAGUGGGUGCAGUGCCUCUCUACAGACCUGCCCGGCUGCGUGCGGGUGCUGGGUGCCAGCGUGCCCCAUGAGGCUGACUACUUCUUCCGUGUCUGUGCCACCAACGAGCAUGGCAGGAGCAGCCCCGUGGAAUUUCCUGGCUCUGUACAUCUUGCCCCGACAGCUCGCCUGGAGAAAGGUCUGCAGGACACAUGGGUGCAGGACGGUGAGGAUGUGCAGCUGGAGCUGUCAGCUGUAGUGCAAGGCACCUGGUUCCUCAACGGCAUGAGGCUGGGUGAGGAGGUGGGUGGCCGGUGCAGCGUGCGGCACUGUGGGACAGAGCACUCACUGCUGAUCCGGAGAGCACGGCUGGCUGACAGCGGGGCACAGGUCACCUUCAUGUCUGGCAGUGUGCGAGACUCAGCCACGCUGCAUGUGAAAGCCCCACAGGUCUGCAUCACACCAGUGCCAGAGGCCAAGCGGCUCCAGGAGGUGCCAGCAGGGUUGCCUGUGCUGCUGGAGUGCCAAGUGUCCUCCCCGGAUGCCCUUGUCCACUGGUUGAAGGAUGGUGAGGCCGUGCCUCUGGAUGAUGUUAUUGCAGUAGAGGCAGAGGGCUGCAUGCGGAGGCUGCUCCUCCGCUCAGCAAGUCCCUCGGACACUGGCACGUACACCUGUGACACUGGGGAUGAUGCUGUGAGCUUUGUAGUGACCGUGACUGAGGCACCGGUGAGGAUUGUCAGCUCCAAUGAGGAGGCCCCCCACACCUACACAGCUGGGCAGCGUGUGGAGCUGUGGUGCCAGCUGUCCCGCCUGGCAGCCCCAGUGCACUGGUACAAGGAUGGGGAAGAGGUGGAAGUGAGUGAGAGCUUGGUGCUGGAGCAGGAGGGACUGCGGUGCCGGCUGGUGCUGCCUUGUGCCCAGCCACAGGACACAGGGGCGUUUGUCUGUGAUGCUGGUGGGGACUCUAUCUUCUACACCAUCACUGUGGCAGCACCCACGAUGGUCUUCAUAUCCUGGCUGAGCCCCAUUUUAUCCCUGGCAGAGGCACCGGUGAGGAUUGUCAGCUCCAACGAGGAGGCCCCCCACACGUACACAGCUGGGCAGCGUGUGGAGCUGUGGUGCCAGCUGUCCCGCCCCGCAGCCCUGGUGCACUGGUACAAGGAUGGGGAAGAGGUGGAAGUGAGUGAGAGCUUGGUGCUGGAGCAGGAAGGGCCAUGGUGCCGGCUGGUGCUGCCCUGUGCCAAACCACAGGACACAGGGGAGUUUGUCUGUGAUGCUGGUGGAGACUCUGUCUUCUACACUGUCACUGUGACAGGUAGGUGCAAUGUACAACAGCAGCCCUUUCCCUCUUCUCCCUCUGUCCCAGCUCCCUGCUCAUGCUGCUGUCCCACUGCCUUGAAGGUCCGCAUUGCCCCAGUACCUGAGGCUCUGCAGUUCCAGGAGGUGCUGGCAGGGCUGCCCAUGCUGCUGGAGUGCCAAGUGUCCCCUUCAGACGCCUCUGUCCAGUGGUUGAAGGAUGGCAAGCCUGUGGUCCCAACAGAGGUCCUGGCCAUCUGUUCAGAGGGAGGCUCACGGAGGUUGCACAUCCCUGCAGCUGUGCCAUCUGACUCAGGGAUGUACACCUGUGAUGCUGGGGACGAUGCUGCCAGCUUCAGGGUGUCUGUGAGCGAAGCAUCGGUGAGGAUCGUUGGCUCCAACAAGGAGGCCCCCCACACCUACAUAUCUGGGCAGCGUGUGAAGCUGUGGUGCCAGCUGUCUCACCCAGCAGCCCAAGUACAAUGGUACAAGGACAAGGAGGAGGUGGAGGUGGGUGAGAACCUGGUACUGGAGCAGGAGGGGCUGCGGUGCUGCCUGGUGCUGCCCUGUGCCCGGCCACAGGACACCGGAGAGUUUGUCUGCAAUGCUGGGGAUGCAUCUGUCUCCUACCACGUCGUGGUGGCAGAGCCACCAGUGAGGAUCCUGCACCCUCUGCAGCGCUCGCUGGAGCUGCCAGUGCAGGCACCAGGGCCUGUGGAGCUGCGGUGCGAGCUCUCUGUCCCAGAUGCUGCUGUGCGCUGGUUCAAGGAUGGGCUGGAGGUGGAUGAGACCAACAACCUGCUGUUGCUAGCCGAGGGGGCCUGGCGCUGCCUCCUCAUCCCCAGGAGCAGCGCAGAGGAUGAAGGCGAGUACAUCUGCGAGACCAAGGAUGAGGCUGUCUCCUUUGACGUCAAGGUGUCAGGUCAGUGGAGACAUGAGAGCAGGGAAGUGCUGAUCUGUCUUCUGGCUGCAAGCUCUUUCCCAGCCUGGCAGAGGUGUACUUGGGACCACGUUGUCCCCAUCCUGCUUUGUGUCAUAACCAUACUCUUUGCAGAGCCACCGGUGAGGAUCCUGCAGCCCCACAGACCAGUCCCUGUUGUCACAGUGUUCUUGGGGGAAACAGUGAUGCUGGGCUGUGAGCUGUCCUGCACAGAUGCCCCUGUGCACUGGACUAAGGAAGGCAUCAGGUUGGAGGCUGGGGGUAGCUUGGUCCUGGAGGAGGAGGGUGCCCAUCGCCGCCUGAUCAUCCCUGUGGCCCAAGCUGAGCACUCCGGAAAAUACAUCUGUGAUGCUACUGAUGACACAGUGACCUUCACUGUCCAAGUUCUGGACCCACUGGUCAGGAUCCUGGAGAAGGACACCCUGCCGACCCACUGGCAUUGCCAGGCCCUGGAGGACCUGACGCUGGAGCUGCACCUUUCACAUGCCCAUGGGGAGGUAAAGUGGUACAAGGAUGGGGAGAAGCUGCAAGACACAGGGCGUGUGCGGCUGGAGGAGGAUGGGACACGCCGUUCCCUUGUCAUCCUGGGUGCCACAGGCAGGGACACGGGCGAGUAUCUCUGCGACGCUGGCGAUGACAGCAUUGUCUUCUUCAUCACCGUGGAAGUCCCCAGGGUGGUGGAGAUCAUCACAGAGCUGCAGAACCUGACAGUGCUGGAGGGAGAGGAUGCCACCUUCAAAUGCCUGGUGUCCCCUGAGGAUGUGGCCAUGACUUGGCAGCUGAACGGCCAGCCUGUGGUCCCUGGAGAGAGGCUGAUGGUGACAAAGAAUGGGUUAUGCCACAGCCUCACACUCCGACAGUGCCAGUCAGGAGAUGCAGGCACUGUGACAGCCAAUGCUGAGGGGCUGGUGAGCACAGCCCGGCUGAGUGUGCAAGAGGCGCAGGUGCUGUUCGUGCGGAAGCUACAGGACAUGGUGGCAGAGGAGCAAAGGGAGGCAUGCCUGGAAGUGGAGGUGAGCCAUGAGGCUGCUGAAGUGCAGUGGCUGAAGCAGGGCAUCCUCCUCCAACCAAGCAGCAAGUACCAGCUGCAGGAGUCGGGGUGCCGGCGCACCCUCACCAUCCGCUGCCUCAGCCCCGCUGACCGUGGCAUCUACCGCUGUGAAAGCCUGCACGACCGCACACAGGCCAGACUCUAUGUGGAGCGUGAGUACCAUGCUGGGGAUGGGGACAGGAUGGAGAUGACUGGGAUGGGGAGGCAAGCAUCUGCUUGUGGACAUGGGUUCCUUGCAGCUCAGAAGGUGUCGAUCCAGAUUCCGCUGGCAGAUGUGGAGACCUUUGAGAAGGAGACAGCCACCUUUUUCUUGGAGCUGUCUCACCCUGGUGUGCCUGGGGUCUGGACACGAGAUGGCAUCCGUGUGAAGCCCAGCAGCAGGUGCCGGAUCAGUGCCAAGGGAUGCGGACACAGCCUGACGCUGGAAGGGCUGACACUGGAGGACUCGGCCACCAUCACCUUCACCACUGAUACCCUGCGCUGCAGUGCUCGCCUGGUUGUGUUGGAGCCUCCAAUCACUAUGGUGAAGGUCCCGCAGGACCUGGGGGUCCUGGAGACAGGGGUCGCCAGCUUUGAGUGUGAGCUGUCUCGCCCCAGCGCAGAGGUGAUGUGGUUCAAGGAUGGGCAGGAGCUGCGGCCAGGGCCCAAGUGCCGCAUCUACUCAGUGGGUCGGCGCCGCAUCCUGCAGCUGAGCCACUGCGAGCUGGCUGACGCUGGCAUCUACACCUGUGACGUGGGUGGCUGCCAGGCCUCUGCUACACUGCAUGUCCAGGAGCGCCAGGUCUGCAUUGUGCAGGAGCUGCAGGAUGCCCAGUUGCAGGAGGGCGACAACGCUGUCUUCACCUGUGAGGUGUCACACGGGGACAUAAAGUGCGAGUGGUUCCGGGACGGGGAGAAAAUCAAAGUUUCCAGCAAAGUGAAGACACGGCAAGAAGCUGUGGUGUGUGCCCCGAGGAUGAGGGACUCAUCCGUUUCACAGCUGGGACAGCAGCCACCUCAGAGGCUACUCUGCGGGUGCAAGGUACCAGUGUGGGGUGCAGGGGCUGGCUGGGCUCCAGCACCAGGACUGGGCUGCAGCAGGGUCAAAUUGUGGGAUCCUCAUGGGAGCCCUGCUCACCCCAUGAUGCCAAUGGCUCCCCUGAACCUGCCAGCACUGCCUAUCCGGAUCGUGAAGCCGCUGCGAGACAAGACGGUGCUGGCACGGCACAAGGCAACUCUGGAGUGCACUGUGUCCCAUGCCCGAGGUCGGGUGCGCUGGCUGCGCGGGGACACCGAGAUCUUUGCUGGUGACAAGUACGAGAUCUGCAAUCUGGACUGCUACCGCACACUCAUCAUCCAUUGUGUGGGCCCUGAGGACGAGGACUCUUACACUUGUGACGCCUUUGAUGACCGCUCCACUGCCAGGCUCCUCGUGGAGGGUAAGGGGGCACCCAAGGGGGCAUCACUAGGGGCUGACUGUGCCAUCGUGCCUCACAGUGGAAGGGCAUCUGGGGCCCUGCUCCUCACUGCUUGCAAGGGUCUGAGCACUGUGGUCAGCAGAGCAGGCUGGAGAUGGGACCAGGAGUCUGUACCCACCUGGUCUGGGACCCCAAGGAUGCUGCAGCUCUUCCAUUGUUCCCACAGGGAGCUAGAAGCCAGGAUGCAGUAUCAGAGUCUGCACACAGACAAUGGCCACCGCUGCUGGGAGAUGGGGUCAUGCUUCACCUGGGAUACCCUGAUGGAGAGCUCCCCCUAG